GUUCACUUCAGUGUUUGACAAUCGUUUUCGCUAAAAUAUGUAAACAAAAUCUGGUGGGAGGGUGAAGCCUUCGAGAAAUGCACUGUUUAUAAUGUAAGCCAAUGAAACACAAACUGAAAUAACAAUGGAAAUCAUUAAUCCAAAUGCGGCUAUUCUCACCAAUUUCGAGGUUAUGACCGCACUUAAGGACAUGAAGAGCAACAAGAAAAAGCACGGACUUCGGAACCUUGCCACCAUUACCUACGAAACGGUCCAAUUUUUGGAAGAGACUGCAUGCAAAGACGAAACCAAUGAGACGAUAAUGGAAUUCCUGCGUGCAAUGAAACAGUUUAAUCUAGCUAAAAAUGAAUGUUUGAUGCUCAUCAAUGAGCCGCCGACUUCGCCGCUGCAUAUUCAGCUUGUGAUAGAGGAUUCAGAUGAGCGCCUGACGGACGAACAAGUCAAUCAAAUCAUUGAAUAUGCUUCGAAGCUGCGGAAUGUGGAGACAAAAGAAUAAUCAUGGUUCUGUUUGUUUUUUUUUCUUAUAUUAAGAAAUGAUUUAUUUUUAAAAUAAAACAGCGCCAUAAUCAGAAACACGAAUAUAAGUUUUCAAG